AUGGAGAAUCGGGGCAGAAGAAGCAGAAGACGGUCUAGGGGAAGACGCGAAGGCUACCUUGCCCUGGAUUCCAGUUUGUUCGGCAAUAAGAGUCUGAUCACUGCUGCACUGAUCUUUGCGUUUAUCAUGCUCCAGUACAAUUGUAGGAACUGCUACGCGAAACAAGAGCUGAUGAAGAUUACUAGCAGUGUCGAGGAUAUAGCGAAACAUUUGAAAACCAUUCAAAGAAACUACCAGCUUAUAGAAGACAAACUUGCGUUAUAUUCCCAAGAAAUUCCUAAGCUUGAGGAGCAGGUGGCAUCCCUGGAGUCAUUGGCACAAGCAAUAGACAUCAACAGAUUCGGAUGGAACCCCAGGGUACACGCUACGUUACCAUAUGUCGACGUGAAGUUGAGUCAUUUCAACCUUACUCGGAUCCCAACUACAAAUUCAACUGAAAUGAAUUUGUUAUCGGAAUCUCAAAAAGAUAAUGUGGACUUUUUGAAUUAA